AUGAUCUGCAUUUAUUCGAUUACCGAUCGUCACCUGAAGAUGAAGAUGUGGUCGCCGCUUGUGCAGUUCUUCCUACUGAUUAUUCCGCUGUCAUGUGUUUUUGGCCAGAAUCCGGAUAUAGAUAUAGUCAGGACUUGCACGAGAUACAAGAAGAGUGUUUUUGAAGAGAGAAUCUACUUCGGAUACCUGCUUCCAGGGGCUGCGAUCGAAAGCGAGGUCUUCGAUAAUUGCCGGAGUUACACCCCCUUAAUUGUGGGCGGUCAUCCAGCCCAGCCCCGGGAAUUUCCGCACAUGGCUCGUUUGGGACGUCGUCAAGAUCAGGGUAGUCGUACUGACUGGUUUUGUGGGGGAGCUCUGAUCAGCGAGCGGCUUGUCCUAACCGCAGCCCACUGUUUGGAUUCGGAAAAUGGAGAAGUAAAUAUUGUACGGUUGGGUGAACUAGAUUUCGAUACGAACGAGGAGGAUGCGGCGCCCAGAGAUUAUGGUGUAUCCAAUUAUGUAACACAUCCGGGCUACGAAGAGUUUUACCAUGAUAUUGGAAUAAUAAAACUAAUGGAGGAUGUAGUCUUUGAUUUGUAUAAACAUCCUGCCUGUCUGCCGUUUCAGGAUGAACGUUUUUCCAACUCCUUUAUAGCCGUUGGCUGGGGAAGCACAGCCGUGGCUGGAAAGCCCUCGGCCAUGCUGCAAAAAGUGAAGUUGGACCGCUACGGAGAUCAGGUCUGCCAGAAACUGGUAACCCGGCAACUGGAGGAAUUUCCUCGGGGUUUCGAUGCAAACAACCAACUCUGUGUGGGCUCGGAAAUGGCCAAGGACACCUGCAACGGCGACUCCGGUGGACCGUUACUUAUCCGUCACAAGGAUUUCCCCUGCAUGUAUCACGUUGUGGGAAUUACUUCGGCUGGUCUUUCCUGUGGAUCCCCGGGGGUUCCAGGAAUAUACACCCGCGUGUAUCCUUAUUUAAGCUGGAUAACCCGAACUAUGGCAAUACUUUAAGAACGAAUUAAUAAAUGAUUAGUUAACAUUA